CCCCCUUCUUACACACAUACACACAUACAUAGAAGCUGGGCUUGCUAAUAUGAACUUGAAGACUUGCAAUGCCAAAAUGCAUGUGGUACCUUGGGAUGCACUGGGAUCAGGAUUCUUGAAAAGCCUGCAGGCUGCUUAGUCCUCCAAGACCUGUUUUUUGUUUGUUUUUUUUAACCAGACGAGAAAAAGAACAAGUUAUCACUUUUUCCCCCCUUUUCUUAAUUUUUUUUCAUUGCUUUGGAUAUUACUGAAUAAGGAGUCUCAGGGAUUCAUUCACUUGGACUUCUCUGAAUCAGGUUCCAUCUGCCAACAAUUCUAGUCUGCAUUUUGCUUUAGCUGGAAAUGAACCCGGGAUUUUUCUGAUUAUAUCUCCUUUCAAAAAAAAAAAAAAAAGAUGCAUGGCAUAGAAAGAAGGUCUAAGUGCCUGUCUGACAUUAUUUUACCAAACCAGGGAUAAAUGUUACUUCUCAAAGGAUGUGAAACAAUGACAUGCAGCUAUGAACAUUGUUUGAUUUAUUGCUGCUUGACUUACCAAAACUCCCCAGACACUUACAUUUAUGGAUUUAUUAUUAACCUUUCUUGGAUAAAAGAUAAGAACGAAUAAGGCACCGCUGCGGGAUUUACCAUGGAAAAAUUGCUCUGCAGCAUCCUGGUGUUUGGAAUGGCUGUCGUGGUCAAUGCUUGUCCCAAAUAUUGUGUCUGUCAGAACCUGUCUGAAUCACUGGGGACUCUUUGUCCCACCAAAGGCCUCCUAUUUGUACCACUAGACAUAGACCGGAGGACUGUUGAACUUCGACUUGGGGGCAACUUCAUUAUUAACAUCAGCCGACUGGACUUUGCCAAUAUGUCUGGUCUUGUUGACCUCACUUUGUCCAGGAAUACCAUCAGUUACAUACAGCCCUAUGCCUUUGCUGACCUAGAGAGCCUACGAUCUUUGCACCUAGACAGCAAUAGACUGCCCAGUAUUGGAGAGGAUAUUCUGAGAGGCUUAAUUAACCUUCAGCACUUGAUUUUAAACAACAAUCAGCUGAGCCGCAUCUCAGAUGAAGCUUUUGAGGAUUUUUUGCUUACACUGGAGGACUUGGACCUUUCCUACAAUAACCUCCGAAGCAUCCCUUGGGAAUCUAUAAGAAAGAUGGUAAACCUGCACCAGCUUAGUUUGGACCAUAACCUGAUAGAUUAUAUUACAGAAGGGACGUUUGCAGAUCUUCAGAAAUUGGCCAGAUUGGAUCUAACCUCCAACAGACUUCAGAAACUUCCCCCUGAUCCCAUAUUUGCCAGGUCCCAAAUAAUUCCAUUAGCAGCAACCCCAUUUUCUCCACCUCUGUCUCUCAGCUUUGGGGGCAACCCGCUGCAUUGUAAUUGUGAACUGCUGUGGUUAAGGCGGCUAGACAGAGAUGAUGAUAUGGAAACUUGUGCUUCUCCUCCCGGUCUGAAGGGAAGAUACUUCUGGUAUGUACGGGAAGAGGAAUUUGUUUGUGAGCCACCUCUUAUUACCCAGCAUACUCACAAGCUGCUGGUUUUAGAAGGGCAGACAGCCACAUUAAAGUGUAAAGCCAUUGGGGACCCAAACCCAGUCAUUCACUGGGUGGCUCCAGAUGACCGACUCAUUGGGAAUUCCUCAAGGACGGCUGUCUAUGACAAUGGCACCUUGGAUAUCCUUAUCACCACAUCCAAGGAUUAUGGAACUUUCACAUGCAUUGCAGCCAACGCUGCUGGAGAGUCAACUGCCACCAUUGAGCUCUCAAUUGUUCAGCUCCCCCACCUUAGCAACGGUACUGGCCGAGCAGCCCCACCGAAAUCCAGGCUUUCUGACAUCACCAGCUCCAGCAAGUCAAAUCGAGGAGAGACUAAAGGUCCACCAGAAAGGACUGUUUUGGUGUCAGAUGUGACAACUACCUCAGCUUUGGUUAAGUGGACGGUGAGCAAGUCAGCCCCAAGGGUUAAAAUGUAUCAGCUGCAAUAUAACUGCUCUGAUGAUGAAGUUCUAAUCUACAGGAUGAUCCCUGCUACAAACAAAGCCUUUGUGGUGAACAAUCUUGUUUCGGGAACAAACUAUGACCUCUGUGUCUUAGCCAUGUGGGAUGACACUGCCACGACCCUCACUGCUACCAACAUUGUGGGAUGCGCCCAGUUCUUCACCAAAGAGGACUAUCCUCAGUGCCAAUCCAUGCACAGCCAUUUUCUGGGGGGGACAAUGAUCUUGGUCAUUGGAGGCAUAAUUGUGGCAACUUUGCUAGUGUUUAUUGUCAUACUUAUGGUCCGGUACAAGGUUUGCAACAAUUCCCAGGGGAAGAUGGCCAAUGUCAGCAAUGUCUACUCACAAACGAAUGGAGCACAACCUAUUCAAAAUGGGGUCCUGCCCCAAGUCAACCCAAAAGUAGUUGUGAGAAAUGAACUCAUGGAAUUUAACUGUGAGUCUGCACGAAGCAGCAUUUCUUCUUCCUCUAGUUCUGUGAAUAGCCGCGACUGUGAUGACUAUAGCCUUCAAAGUGAACAGGGCACAUUGUCCAGUAAGUGGAGGCCCCCUUCUAGGUCAAAACACAACAUUGACCGGCUAAUGGGAGCUUUUGCCUCCCUGGAACUGAAGUGUCAGAAAAAGGAGGAUACGAUAGACUCCAGAACUUCCACAGUGGCCCACCAUUCGGACAGAGAGCCACUUCUGGGCCAGCAUGAGUCCAAAUUCCGUAGCCUCCUCACGUUACCUCUGGAGGGUAAAACUAAACGUAGCCAUUCUUUUGACAUGGGGGACUUUGCCACAUCCCAGUGUUGCACCUACCCAAGAAGGAUCACAAACAUUUGGACAAAGCGAAGCCUCUCGGUCAACGGCAUGCUUUUGCAGUAUGAUGACAAUGACCUACCAGGGGCAAAAGGGACUUACGGGAGCUCAGAAUGGGUAAUGGAAAGCACGGUGUAAAUAAGAGCUUCUCCCCCUCUCUUCUUACUGCAAGUGUAAUAAAGUUUGGUUUUGUUGAAAGGCCAUAAAUAUGAAAAAGGGAGGAAAAAAAACAUUCUCAACCUUAUUGGCCAAAAAUACAAUAAAAUAAAUGAAAUAAAAGAAGAAAGGAAAAAAAAAGAAAAUAGGUAAAUAAAAUGGGAUAAUAGAGGAAAAAGAUAAUGAAAUGCUAAUAAGCAUGUAUGGUGUCACUAAUGUCUGGCUCUGAAAAAAAAAACAUGUGAAUACUUCAAGGAAUUUACUAGUUGUAUUUAGCAUUGCUUUCCAAAAGUUUCCUGGCCUCUCAGUGAACCAUCAAACAAGAUUAUCGUAAAUGAAGUUUAAAGUGGGUAUAG